AUGUCUUACCAACAGCAGCAGUGCAAGCAACCCUGCCAGCCUCCUCCUGUGUGCCCACCUCCAAAGUGCCCUGAGCCAUGUCCUCCUCCAAAGUGCCCUGAGCCAUGUCCUCCUCCAAAGUGCCCAGAUCCUUGUCCUCCUCCAAAGUGCCCUGAGCCUUGUCCUCCUCCAAACUGUCCAGAGCCUUGCCCUGAGCCAUGUCCCCCUCCCUCAUACCAGCAGAAAUGCCCUCCUGUGCAACCUCCUCCACCCUGCCAGCAGAAGUGCCCACCCAAGAGCAAGUGA